GGGCCCUCCCCCCAAACCAGACAAAGCAUAGAGAAAGUCCAACAAGACUUGGCUAUAAUUGAAAGCCGAAAAAUGGGUGUCGGAGCUGAUAGCAUCGAGAGAGAGCGAAAGAGAGAGAGAGAGAGAGAUGAAGACGACUCAGUACAGUAAGACCUAAAUCCAAUACCUACCUCUUCCCAAAAUCACUAACUCGUCUUCCACUCUCUGACUCGCUUGCCCGCUGUAGCAAUGAGUUAGAAGACCCUUUUCAGGUUAAGAUUUCAAAGAGGAAAAAACCACUGUCAGAUUCAAUGAAGAAAAGGGUGCGUCGACCAACUUCUCAAUUUGCCCAAGAACAGGGGGGUUACAACUUGAGAGAUAGAAAGAAAAAUAAGCAUGAAUGCAACAACAAUUUGGGCUUGGACAGAAUUAGUAGUUUGCCAAAUGAAGUACUUGUUAGUAUACUGUCUCUCUUGUCACUAAAGGAAGCACAAGCCACCAGUGUCCUUUCUAGGCGAUGGCAGCAUCUGUGGCGGCAUGUGUUAGCAUCUACUAGGACUCUCGACUUUGAUGCUGAGAAAACUUUAUGCAGAUUGUCUAACCUCAGAGCAGGAGCACGAGACUUGUUAAUCUGUAGGUACGUUGAUUGGGUGAAUAAUGUGGUGGAACAUCAUCGAGGCCCAAUGGUUGAAACAUUCAGGAUUUGUUUCGAUCUUGAUCCUAAGUUUUCAAGUUCCCUCGAUAAAUGGAUUCAAUUUGCAAUGGAAAAGGGAGUUCAAAUGCUUGAGUUGGACUUGUUAUCAUACGGUGUUUUUCCUCGGAAGUUCUUCCCAUGCUACAUUUUUCCCCAUGAACUUUUAGGUAUAAAAAAAGAGUCCACUUUGAAGCACUUGUGUUCUGAUAUUCCAAGUCUCCACC